AUGGGGAGUGAGGAGGACAUUUUGCCUGCCCUUAGGCUUGAGCAGUUCUCUGGUGUCCCCCAGAUCGAUUUUGGGGAGGGAGUCAUUGGCAGCCAGGUCAGCGCAGUACUGGCGAUCAGAAACGGCGGCCUGCUGACACAGGAAGUGCAGGAGGAUAGCGUGCCCCGAUCCAAAGGCUUCUUCCUGCAUGAGAGUGAGGCCAAUCCUGCGUUCCAGCGGCAUGCACGCCCAGGGCAGCCUUGGAGCGUCAUCCUGGGCCCAGACAGCAGUGUACUCGUAAGGAUAACCUGGGAGCCUACGCAGCCAGGCAGAUGCAGAGAGACGCUCACGUUCAAAUGGCAGGGAAGGCACCGGCUGCAGGUGGUGCUACUGGGAACAGGCACCAUGUACAAGUCUCGGAAAGUUUCAAAGCUGAGCAGUGCAAGCAGCCCGCACAAGCCCCUGGGGCUACUUUCUUCGAAUGUGCGACCCCUGGCCCCCAGGCUGCCAAAGCCCAUUGGCACCAAGCCACACUCCCCAAAGCUAGGCCGUCAGAAUCCCCGCUUCUUAGCACUUUUGGGGAAGCGUUCCUUGCAAGCCGAGGCUAGAAGCAGGAGUUUGCUAGCGGCUGAACCUGAGCUGUCGGUCUCUGUAUCUGAGCUUUCCGCUAAGGAAAGUACAGACACACACCAUUGUUACGAAGCAGAGCCGGCAGGAGAGCGGUCUGCAGGCACUGUUGAAGAAGUUGCAAAGUCACGGCAUGGGGAGGAUGUCUUGGCAGAGGAUAGCUGCAGCGAAGGCCCUGUUAAUAGCUCAGGUGACCGCUUAACAGUUGGGGCCAAUAAGGGGGUUGCAAAGGUAGAGAAGGCCCCUCGUGUGGCUGCUCGUCCCCUGAGCGUGAAGCGCCAGCUGUACGUCGAGCAAGAGGACAGCGACAGUGGGGAGGACGGGGAGGCUGCUCGCGAAGAGGACCUGGAUUGCCGAAAGCUGGACCAAGAGAUUACCAAAAGCCUCAGCAGCAUUGGUAUGCAGGCAGAGCGCCUCUCCCGAGACACCGGAGCUCUAGGGCAAGACAUGAAGAGGACAAAGCUCCAUAGGCGCAGCGUGCCGAGCUCCCGUCCCCCGAACCCUGGGGGCCCUGCUGACGUCAGCACUCAGCGGAGGCGGCUUAAGCUGCGGUCUGAGGGCAACAAGCCCGCCCUUCCACCAGCACAUGGGUUGUCGCAGUCGUCUGAGAAGCGGACCAUGAGCUUCUUCCACGGGGACCUCUGGAUGGAGAAGCAGAUGCGCGCGUACACUGCGUGGCUGAAUCACCUGCUGGCGGAGCCCCUCCCAUUUCUGGGGGGUGGAGAAGGGGUGCGCGUGGCGGGGCUGCAAGACCGGCGCCUGAGCCUGGGGCAGCUCGGGCGAAUGAGGGCCGAGGAAAGGGUGCGGCAGAGGAUCUGGUAUGCGUACGCCAGGGACGAGCGCACAGUGGGGGCCAUGAUCAAGGUGGAGAAGCACAUUGACGCGGGUCACCUGCGCAUGCUGGAGGGCUGCCCCCUCAUCACGGACGUCGCCCUGCGGUCCAAAGCCGUCCAGGCCGUGAUGAGCUACGAGCCAUUCUGGCUGCACCUGGGACUAGAGGCGGUGCUGGGGGGACUUCCGAGGGAGGGCUCGCCAGCCGCGCUGCAAGAACUGGUGGAGACACGCCUGCUGCACGACCCACACCUGGCAGCAGAGUAUGCCUCAAACAAGCAAGUGGACGGUCUCUUCCGGCCUGGGUACACGGCAGCUUUUGGGCGAUCCAUCCUGAAGAAGUUCCUGCUGCUGGUGCUGCUCUUGGACCGGGUGCAGGAGUCACUACGGGGCAGCCUGCCGCUGCCGCUCCUCUUCAAGAAGGAGGCGAACGUCAAGAGCAGCGCUGGCGUUGUCAGAGAGUUCCUGUCGGGGUGCCUCUCGGGAGAAGGAGACGUGCUGCGCCACCUGGCGGCCCUGGGUUAUCUUCUAACUCACGAGCAGGCUGCGGUGUACGAGGUGGACUUCCGCGUGAGCAACCUGACAGUGGACCUGCGGGACGGCCUGCGGCUUGCCCGCCUCGCGCACCUCCUCACGGGUGACCCUUCGCCGCUCCAGGACGUCCGAGCUCCGGCCGCCACCCGUGCGGCUUGCCUGCACAACUGCCAGCUAGCACUCGCCACGCUCGCGCACGGCGGGCUACCUCUGGGCGCGCACGGGCCGGCCGCGCUGCAGCUGACGGCUGCUGACGUCGUGGACGGGCAGCGGGACAGGACGCUGCAGCUGCUGUGGCAAAUCAUGCUGCACUGGCAGAUGCCUUCCCUCAUCGACGUGGACAAGCUGAAGGAGGAGCUUGAGCUUGUGCGGCAGCAGCGGCGCAUCCAUCAGCUCAUACACGGUCCGGCUGCCAGCCUCGACGAGGGCGCCAGCAUGUACAUGGCCAGUACCCACCUCGAUCUAUUGUUACAGUGGGCGCAGGCGGUGUGCAGCGGGUCCGGUGUCCCCGUCCGCAACUUCACGACGUCCUUUGCGGACGGGCGCGCGCUGUGCCUGCUCGUGAGCCACUACCUGCCGGCGCUGCUGCCGCCAGACGGCAUCUUUGCGCCGCCCGAAACUGUGCUGCUCCCACCAGAAGAGGCACCGACGGACGAGUCCGCCAGCGGAUGGAGCGCCAGCUUUUCUGCGGGCCCGGGGGAUGACGAGUGCGCGGCGGUGCAGGCCGCCAAGACCGUGGCAGCCAGGCGCAACUUUGCCCUGCUGCACGCCGCGGUUGCGCAGCUAGGGGGGGUGCCGCAGGUAUUGGAGCACAGCGACAUGACGGACGGCAACCUGGCGCCCAACGAGCGCAUCGUCAUCACCUACGUGGCCUUCCUCUGCUCGCGCCUCCUCGACAUCAAGACGGAGGCUAAGGCUGCCACGCAGCUGCAGCGAGCCUGGCGGCGCCACCACCGGGGCCUCUGCCUGCGACGCUGGAUCGCGGCCGCCAGGCGCAUCCAAGCCGCCUUCAGAGGCUGCAAAGCACGGGCACAACUGCAUAUGAAAGCCUCCGCCGCUUCCCGGCUCCAAGCCCAUUGGCGCGGCCUCCUCGCCCGCCGCUCCUUCUCCGCCCUCAAAAUUGCGACCCUCACCAUCCAACGGUCAGUCCGCGCGUGGGCGGCCCGCCGCCGCUUUGCGGAGAUCCACGUGCUGCCCAGUGUCCUCCAGCGCGGCCUCGAACGCGCGCUUCUGCUGCGCCGACGGGUGUACGAAAGGAAAAUGACGGGUCCAGCUGUGCUCAUCCAGGCUGCGUUCCGAGGGGCAAAGCAGAGGGGAAUCGUUCGAAGGAUGCAUUUUGCGGCGACGGCCGUGCAAGCGCGCUGGCGUGGGUGUGUCGCCAAGCGGCAGUACUCGAGAGCCGUAGCUUCGGUGGUUCGGAUCCAGGCGGGUUGGAGAGGGGCGUGCACGAGGCGACACGUGGCGCGUAUGGAGAGGGCCGCGGUCGGGAUACAGCGGGAGUGGCGCCGGUUUGCUGCUCAAGCGACGUUCCUCCGAGUGAGGAGGAGCUGCGUUACAUUGCAAGCGAUUCUCCGAGGUCGCCGAGAGAGAACCCGGUUCCUCCGCACCAGGAAGUGCAUAGUGCGGAUUCAGGCAGCGUGGAGGGGCGCCCGGGUCCGAAAGGAAAAGCGGAGGGCGACCGCCGCCGCAGUGCGGAUCCAGGCGGGCUGGCGGAGCUACUCCCAGCGGCGGGCCUUCGCGAGCCACGUGGCAGGCAUCCGCCGGCUGCAGGCCACAUGGCGGGCCCACGUCGCGCGUGCGGCGUUUGUUAGCGUCCGGUGUGCGGCGCUCCGUUUCCAGGCUCAGUGGCGGGGCAGGGCAGCACGGCGGAAGUUAGCGGUCCAGGGGGGUGCGGCAAGGUGCAUACAAGCAGUCUGGAGAGGAAGGGUGGUCCGGGAAAAAGUCCAAAAGAUGCGGGCGGCGGCUGUGGUGAUUCAAAGCCGGUGGCGGGGUCACGUUCAAGUGCGGGAGUUCCAACUUGCGGUGUCCAAAGUGGUCGCCAUUCAAGCGGCCGUCCGGCGGGGCCUCGCCGUCCGCGCCUGGAAACAGACCAAGCAUGCGACGCUGACGAUCCAGGCGGCGUUCCGGGGCCACGUGGUCCGGAGUGACGUUAGCAGAGCGCGGCGGGCAGCCCUGGAGAUCCAGAGGCGGUGGCGGAGGCGUCUUGAGGUGCGGCGGUUCCAGCAGGCCGUCCGAAAGGUGACUCUCGUCCAGGCGUCCGUACGGCGGUGGGCCGUGCGGAGAGAAAUACAAAGGCGGGACGCCGCGGCGGUGCGGAUUCAGGCGGCGUUCAGGGGACACGUGGCCCGGCUCGCCCUCGCGCGCGCGCACAUUGCGGCGUGGCUGAUCCAGCUGCACUGGCGGGUGUACGCACAGCGCCAGCGCUUCAGGGCAGCCGUCCGAAGCGUGACCCUGGUCCAAGCGUCCGCCCUGUUCAGGGGCCACGUGGCAAGGGGCGCGCUAGCUGGCGCGCACAAAGCGGCGGCGUCGAUCCAGAGCCACUGGCGGGGUUAUUCACACCGGCAGCGGUUCCGGCGUCUGGUGCGCAGCGCGGUUCUGAUUCAGGCCGCCGUCAGGAGGUGGUCGGCUGUGAAUAGGCUCCGACAGCUGCGGUGCGCGGCAGUGGUGUGCCAGGCAGUAUGGAGAGGCGCGCAAGCGCGCGCGCGCUAUUUGGGGAAGAGGAGCGCAGCGGUGGCGAUCCAGAGCUGCUUUAGGGGGUACGCUCAGAAGACGCGGUUCAAGGAGGUUCGGAGAGCGGUGGUUCGGCUGCAGGCUCAGACCCGGAUGGUCCUCGCGCGGAAGGCGUUCGUAGCGCUUUCCGAAGCGGUCCUGUGCUGCCAGGCAACCAGGCGGGGAGGCCUUGUCCGGCGGAGCGUCGCCCGAGCCCACCAGGGAGCACGGGCAAUCCAGGCCCUCUGGAGGGGCUACAGGGCCCGUCGGGAGCUUGCCUUGCAGAUCCGUGCGGCUGUAAUCAUUCAGAGCAGAGUCCGGGGCGGGUUUGCGCGGAUUAGUUUCGUGGUAGCCAAACAGCGCAUCGUGCUCUUGCAAGCAACCAUCCGCAGCCGACAGGCGCGACGGUCCUUUUUGCGGCUCCGAGCCGCGACCGUCGUUUUUCAAAGCCUCUGGAGGGGCCGGUGCGCGCGCGCUCUCGCGCGCCGCUUGCGCGCCGCCGUCGUUGUUCAAGCCACGUGGCGCGGUUUCCGGGUUCGCAGGACGGUGCAGGCCUGGCACGAGGCGGCCACGUGCAUCCAGAGGCACGUGCGGGGAGCGCGUGAGAGGCGGCGGUACCGGGAGCUCACCCGGGCAGUUGUUACGUGCCAGGCGCGCGCGCGGCGGGCGCUCGCUCGCGCGCGGUUUGUACGCUUGAAGGGAGCGGCGAUCAGCGUGCAGGCGUGCUGGAAGGGGCGGAGCGUGCGGGUGUGGCAGUCGAAGCGCUGCGCGGCCGCGACGAGGAUCCAAGCCCGCUUCAGGGGCUGCCUUCAAAGGCGUGCGUUCCUGAAAAUGAAAGCUGCGGUGGUUACGGUUCAGGCGCAAGUGCGCAUGCGCCAAGCGGUCUUGGAGUACGAGCGGCUCAAGAGCGCGGCGAUCGCGGUUCAGGCCGCUUGGCGGGGCAGGGAAGCCCGGCGGCUGGCUGCGCGCGAGCGGGCGGCGCGCAAAAUCCAGGCGCUCUGGCGAGGGGCGACCGCGCGCGCGCAAGUCCGCGCGUGGCAUGCAGCCGCGACUCUGCUUUCGAGCACGUGGAAGGGCGGCCGCGGGAGGAAGAACUGGCUUCGGCUGCGGGGAGCGGUGAUCAGAGUUCAAGCGGUUUAUCGGGGGGUGAGCGCGCGGCGGGAGUUGAGGCGUCCGCACAGUCGGGCAGUCGUGGUGCAGAGCCUGUGGCGCAGAAAGGUCGCCCAGAAGGCGCUUUCCCGGCUUCGGGCCGAGCGAACCGCAGCGAUGUGCAUCCAAACCACCUGGCGACGUCACGUGGUACGUCAGCGUUACCUGUUGUUACGAGCCGCGGCGGUGGUUAUCCAAUCCGCUUGGAAGACGAGACGGGCGUGCAGGGACUGGGCGAAGGUGCGGUGUGCAGUGAUCCGGCUGCAAGCACGGUGGCGCGGGGUGCUGACGCGACGACAGCUCGCGCGCGACGCCGCGAUGACGACAGCGGGCCGGGCCGCGAUCAAGGUGCAGCGGGCGUGGCGGAGACACGUGGCGACACGUGAGUGGAGAGAGCGGCGGCUGGCGGCCGCGGUGGUGAUACAGAGGGCGGUCAGGGCGGCCUUGGUGCGCGCGCGGUUUGUCAGGCUGCGAGCGGCGGUUCUCCGUCUGCAGGCUCUCUGGCGGGGUCACGUGGUCCGUCGCGCGACCAGCAAGCGCGAGCGCGCGGCCCGGCAGCGCAUCGCGCGCGCCACGGCCCGGCUGGAGGAGCCCAUGACGCUGGGCAGCCGCACCACCGCCGCACUGCGCGUGCUGCUCGCGUCCAAACAAGUCUCGCACGCGCUGCACGCAUGCGCCGCGAUAGACAUGUCGACCCGCUUGUCCCCGGUGUGCUGCGAGCGCAUUGCGGCCAACUCGGCGGUGCCCACGCUGCUGCGCUUCAUCCAAUCCUGCAACCGGAGCACACCGCACCUGCAGCUGCUCAGGCACGGCUUGAGCAUCAUCCGCAACCUCUGCAAGCACCGGUCGCUGAUAGGCUACGUGGUCGAAGCCCCCGACUGCGUCAACAUUCUGGUGGAGCAGCUCCAAAUGUACCGGGACAAGGAAGACGUCUUCAACCUCGCGCUGGAGACGCUGCUCCUCAUCUGCCGGGACGCGGAGCGGGCAGAGACUGUCCGUGCGAUGCCUGAGAUCGUGUUCCGUUUGGAGUCGAUCGCGUCUAUUCUGUCGCGGAAGGUGCAACUGGAUCCCCGCCCAACUGGGUCCUCAAAACAGGUUGCUUCCCUGAUGGUUCUCUUGCAGAGGCUUCGGCCGCCUUCCGUUGUCGCGGCCACUCCGCAUCCGCCUGUUAAGCGGAAAGCUUUCAUCAGCGUCGGAACGCCUGGCCACGGGCUGGCGAGCAGAACGCCGUUCCGAGAUAUGACCAACGUGAGGCAGCUCAAGUUCAAGCACCAGGACUGACGCUGUGACGUCGUGGGAUGUGAUGCAAGUCUUACUGGGGUGCAGGGCACGUUGCGGAUCAGUCACGCAAGCAAUGAAGUCGGACCCUGCAAUUCUAGGCCCGGCAUAGAAAGACGUGACUAGUUGAAUAUAACCCCACAUUGUAGGAGUACAGAGAAUUCAGUGCGUUCACUAGGCAGUAUACAACACACAGGUGCAGUCUUGGCACCGUCUCAUUCUUUGCAAGGAAUGCGUUGUGUGCAGAGUGUGUGUUUGCGGGCAGGACGUACCGGAAUUACAGUCUGGUAACCAUGUGC